AUGUGUUGCAGAUGCGCGCGCGCUGUGGUUAGCUACCGAGAAUCGGAUGAUCAAGACGAUGACAAGGGUACCAGUGACCAUUCAGGCUCGAAAUUUAAUCCUUCGAAGUCAGUCAAUCGCCGUCGUCUGGCUUAUUCUACUGACGAAGAUGCUGACCCCAGAGAAGAGAAAAGUUCUGCAAGUCAGACAAAUGAGUCAGAUGUGGAUCGACCGCCUACCCCAGUGUCCAAGCGUAUUAAGGGCAAUGCUCAAUAUAGUUCCGCCCGACGUCGAUGC